UGGCUAUUUUUAUUAGGGAUAAGGAUAAUUUAUGCUGUGCUGGUAUAAUUUCAAGGUAUUCUUUAAUCGAUUUCAGUUCAUAUUGAGCAACUCCGCGAAAAAUAUAUCUCAGACUAGGAUGAGUCGAAAGAACAAGGUAGCAACAGUAACAAUAGCCUUGAUAGAUGCAACUAUAGAUGACAAGUUACGAUUCCUACAGUGUCGAUUUAGAUUGGGAGUAGAAAAAUGUAAAUCAAAAGUAGUCAAAUCCAAUUCUCCCAAAGUGAAAUGGCAAGAAUUGUUUAAUUUAAACAUGUAUGAGGAUCAAUUCAUGUUAGAAACAACUUUAUUGGAUAAAGACGGAUUUCUAGGCAGAAAUCUACUUGAUUUGUCUGCUCUUGAAAAAGAGAAGACGCACCAACUGAAAUUAGACAUAGAAGGAGAUGUCGCCGAUGUCAAAAUUUUUAUUUUACUCACUAUCAGUGGCACUCCAUUACUAAAUACGGUAACUGAAUUAGAAGACGUCAACAAUGCCCAAAAAAUACUAGAAGUAAAGGAAGAAAAUAACUCCACAGAAGUAGGGUGGCUCUCGGUGAUAGUUUUUGGAGCAAAAGGUCUCUGCGCUCAGGAUUGUUACUGUGUGCUAAAACUAAUAAACAACAGACUCCAAACGCAUACAGAAUACAAAACAUGUGAUCCUAGUUGGAUGAAAAUAUUUACUUUCGAAAUAACUGAUAUAACGUCAACACUUGAAAUCUCUAUAGUUGAUGAGAAGAAAGUUGAAGAAGUAGGUAAAAUUUAUGUUCCCCUAUUCCGUAUAAAGAACGGGGUAAAAGUUUGGUACGCUCUCAAAGACCACACACAGAGGGAACGCGCUAAGGGGAAUAAUCCGAGGAUUCUAUUGGAAAUGAGGACCUCCUGGCAUCUCACUAGAGCUGCGAUACGUAUGGUAAAUCCUAAAGAAACAGACUUGUUGGCAACUAAUGUUAAGGUAGAUCGUCGUUUGUUUGCGAGAAAUAUCAAUAGAGCCAGGGUGGUCACAAAAUGGACUUUGGACACGCUUAAACUUAUAAAAACAUGUUUUGAAUGGGAGUCCAGAAAAUCCAAUGUGACAGCACUUAUCAUCUGGAUAAUAUUUUGUUAUUUCUUCAAAAUAUGGAUGUUGCCGCUUCUAUUACUAAUACCAUUUAUCAAAUAUAGGCCGCAAAAAUACGUCUUAAUCAAUUUUUAUGCAACUUUACUGUUCCAUUUGUUAGUCUCCUCGCGGUUUUCUUAAUUAUCACAACAUCAUUAAUUAUGUAUAUCGUACCACUUAAAUACAUUCUCAUAAUUUACGGUAUUCAUAAAUUUACCAGGAAAAUACUUCGGCCGAAUAGAAUACCAAAUAAUGAGAUAUUAGAUUUACUUUCUCGAGUGCCGGAUGAUGAGACUUUGGUAUAACUAUUUUUAUGUUUACAACUGUAUAUCGAGUGGUACGCACUAGCGUGCGUCUCAAUUCUAC